AUGGCAUCCCGCCUUUCUCAGAUCAACGCCCACCUCAACUUCCCCCGCGGCCUCCUCGCCGGGCAAGUCGCCAUAAUUACCGGCGCAGGCCAAGGCAUCGGCGCCGAAGCAGCCCGGCUCUUUGCCAACGAAGGCGCAAAGGUCGUAGUUGCUGACAUUGAUGGCGAAAAGGCAAACGGCGUCGUCAAGGCCAUCAACGACGCCGAGCCCAACCGCGCCAUUGCUGUGGUCGGCGACAUCCUCGAUGACAAGUAUAUCCAGGAUCUCGUGGACAAGGCUGCGGCUUUUGGAAACGGCAAGAUUCAUAUCAUAGUGAACAAUGCCGGGUUUACCUGGGAUGGUGUCAUUCACAAGAUCACAGACAAGCAAUGGGACACCAUGAUCGCGGUCCACAACACAGCCCCCUUUAAGCUUAUUCGCGCCGCAGCAAAGUACUUCCGCGUCAAGGACAAGGAGCCCCGCGUGAUCAUUAACAUCAGUUCAACCAGUGGUAUCCACGGAAAUGCCGGCCAAGCAAACUAUGCCCUCGCCAAAGCCGGCGUCGUUGGUCUAACCCGCACCAUCGCCAAGGAAUGGGGUCCCCAGUUUGGCGUCCGCAGCAACACGAUUGCGUUUGGGUUUGUACAGACUCGCUUAACGGCUGCUAAGGAGGCUGGUGCGUUUAUUACUACUCCAGAUGGUACCAAGGUUGCGCUGGGUAUUCCCGGACAGCAGCUCGGUGCGAAGAAGGGUGGUGAGGUUGCGACGUAUCCCGAUAUCCCUCUGGGACGACCAGCGAGUCCGGAGGAGGCGGCGAGGAGUGUGUUGGCUGUUGCGAGCCCAUUGUUUAGCUAUGUCAAUGGGGAAACGAUUCGGGUUACUGGUGGAAGGAAUAUGUAA